AUGUUGUUCUUUUUCUUUAAUUUUUUGAACAUGUUUGAUAAUUCUAGACAUAAAAGAGAAAUUUCAAAAUAUAAAGAUAACGAUGAAGAAUUCUUUGAAGAAACAUUUCAGCCUACUAUAGAAUUUAAUUGGGCUCAAGAAAAAAUUCGAAGACUUGCUCAAAGUUUGCUUUUUAGUUCUCCGGGUAUUGCAAUAACGAUUUCACAUUUUCCUUCAUAUGUUAUUCUUCGUCGUUUUGGCUCUUAUUUGCCUAUUUUUAUCGCUCUUUUGAUUUCUUCAAUAAUUACUGGAGGAUUUCCUUUUAUUCUUGGAUUGGAUGCCCCUUUUCCACUUAUUAUGGUCUCAAGAAUUCUUUUGGGUAUUUGUUUCUCCCCCGUUUUUACAUUUUUUGGUCAAAUGUCAGCACAAUGGGCAAGUGUUGGGGAACAGCAUUUUUUUUUUGGCCCAAUAAUAAGUUGGAUAUUUACUGUUUGUUUUCUUUGGUUUGAUGCAAAAAGUAGAAUUUUUGUUUUUGGUUUUCAUGGAGCUUUAAGUCUUUCUCUUGCAUUUAUUUGGCUUAUUCUUUACAGAGAUCAACCUCAAACACACAAAUUAGUUAAUGGAGAAGAAUUACAUUAUAUUGUUAAAAGGAAGCCUCGACAAAAACACACUCUUUUAGAAUUAAAUUUACCCAAUUCUCUUGCUUGUCUUUUACUUCGUUCAACUUCUGCUUGGGCUGUUUGGAUAUCCUCAUUUUGUUUUUUCUUUGCUUCAUUAACUCUUUUAAUAUUUUAUCCAAUAUUUUUACACAAAAUUAUGAGACAAUCACUUGAUUGGUGGUAUUUGACUGUUCCUUUUAUUUUAUUGUUUUUAACUUUUCUUCUCUGUCAUUUUAUUUUUUCAUUUAUUUUACAUAAAAUGAAAUUAAAUAAUCUUCGUCACAAUACUUUAAUUGUUAGAAUAUUCAAUAAUUUUGGAUUUGCAAUUUCUGCUAUUAUUUUCUUAUUUAUUGCAAUGUUGCCUGGAAAUGAAGAACAACCUUUUACAAAUAAUUGGAGACUUAUUCUACUUUCAAUUUCAUUAUUUCCGCUCGGUUUUACUUCACUUGGAUUUAUCAAAUCAGCCGUUAUUAGUGGUGGAACUCAUUUUACUCAAUAUAUUAUCUCUCAUAUGCAAUUAGCUUUCGGAUUAGCCUAUACUUUAAUUCCAACUCUUCUUUUCUCGAAUAUUUCGGCAACAAGUGCAUUAGUUCAUUGGCGUUUAUUAUUUCUGAUUUGUGCGUUAUUAUUGCUUUUGGGAGUGGCGAUUUUUACUAUUUUGGGGCGUGGCACACCAACAAGUUGGGCCGAGCAAUGGUCUCAAGAAGCUGUUGGUGACAUUCCUUUACUUUUUGUCAAAUUUUCUCCUCAACACCAACCGCUAAGGUCUUCUGCAACUUCCCCAGCCGCAGCCCAACUUGCUUCAGUUGCCUCGGAAGCAGCGGCGGCUGGAGCGGCAUUGUCGUCUAUGCAUCGUUUUUAUGAUGGAGAAAGGCUUUGA